AUGGAGACUGAAAAUCCUUUAAAAGAACCUGAAAAAAAGGAAGAACUUUUAAAAGAGGCAAAGAGUGAAGAAAUUAAAGAAACAAAGGAAGUGAAGGAUGCAGAAACUGUAAAGAAGCCAUACUAUGUUGGAGCGCACGUUAGUUCUGCUGGAGGUGCGUUUAAUGCUGUUGAGAAUGCUAGCUUAAUAGGAGCCUCUGCAUUCGCUCUCUUUUUAAAAUCUCAAAGACAAUGGGCGAUGCCGAGUUUGAAGCCAGGAGUCGCCGAGAAAUUUAAGGAAGCCAUGACUAAGCACAACUUCACAGCCGAUCAAGUACUUCCUCAUGGGAGUUACUUAUCGAAUAUUGGAACAAUCGACGAAACUCUUUACGAAAAGGCACGCACAGCGAUGCUGGAAGAGUGCAAACGCGUCGAGGCGUUGGGUUUGAAAUACCUCAACGUGCAUCCCGGCUCCACGAGCGGGAAAUGUUCGAAAGAAGAAUCGAUUGCCCAGAUCGCGAAAGCGAUCAAUUUCAUUCAUUCUCAAACCUCCUAUAUGACGAUCGUUCUCGAAAAUACCGCGGGGGGCGGAGGCACUGUGGGGGUGGACUUCGCGGAACUUCGAUCGAUCAUCGAUAAAGUGGAGAACAAAAAUCGAAUCGGUGUUUGUAUUGACACAUGUCACGCUUUUGCGAGCGGAAUGGACCUCAAAAAGAAGAACGGAAUCCAGUCCAUCGUGGAAGAAUUCGACAAAGUCGUCGGCUUGUCGUAUUUGAAGGCGAUGCAUUUGAAUGAUUCCAUGGGCGCGAAGGGAAGCAACGUAGAUCGGCACGAUCGAAUCGGGUACGGAUAUCUCGGAUUGGAUCCGUUCCGACAGAUUAUGAAUUGCGAUGCGCUGCGCGGAAUUCCGCUGAUUUUGGAAACGCCGCAUCGCGACGACGCUGCGUAUGGCGCGGAUCAUCCGUGGGCGAAGGAAAUUGUGCUGCUGCGCGGGCUGGAAGGAAAGGAAGAAGUGGAGGAGAUAAACAAGGGAGCGAUUCAAAGCUUCUUUGGAAAGAAGGGAAGCAAAAAGGCUGCAAAAAAGAAGGGCGAAGAAAAAGAAACAAAAGAAAAGGAUGGAGAUCAAGACUAUAAAGAAGAAGAAGAAGCGAAGAAAGAACCCGCCAAACCAAAAGAAUCGAAACCCAGAAAAGCGUGCAAACCAAAGAAAGCAACGAAAGAAAAGAAGGAAACAUCCACAAAGAAAGCAUUAUGA